CGGGACAGAGGAGGAGCCGGGCGGCCGGAGGAGCUGCCGAGCACCGCCGGUGCCGGUGCCAUCGCCGGUGCCGCUGCCGGUGCCAUGCGGCCGUGGGCGCUGGCGCUGCUGCUGGGCGCACUCCGGACCAUCGGAGCCGCGGCCCCGGCCCGCAACGUGCUGCUCCUCCUGGCGGAUGAUGGCGGUUUUGAGAGUGGCGCCUACAACAACUCAGCCAUCCAGACACCCAACCUGGACGCGCUGGCUCGGCGCAGCGUGAUCUUCCAAAACGCCUUCACCUCCGUCAGCAGCUGCUCCCCCAGCCGCGCCAGCAUCCUGACCGGCUUACCGCAGCACCAGAAUGGGAUGUACGGGCUGCACCAGGACAUGCAUCACUUCAACUCCUUCGACAGCGUGCGGAGCCUGCCCUGGCUGCUCAGCCAGGCACACGUCCGGACAGGGAUCAUUGGGAAGAAGCACGUUGGGCCCGAGGCUGUCUACCCCUUUGACUUCGCCUACACAGAAGAGAACAGUUCGGUCUUGCAGGUUGGGAGAAACAUCACUCGAAUCAGAGCGCUCGUCCGGCGGUUCCUGCAGAGCCAGGACGAGAGGCCUUUCUUCCUCUACGUCGCCUUCCACGACCCCCACCGCUGCGGGCACUCCCAGCCCCAAUACGGGGCCUUUUGUGAGAAAUUCGGCAAUGGAGAGAGUGGCAUGGGCUGGAUCCCUGACUGGAAGCCACAGCUCUACCACCCAGAGCAAGUGCAGGUCCCCCACUUCGUUCCAGACACGCCGGCUGCCCGGGCAGACCUGGCCGCCCAGUACACAACCAUCGGGCGCAUGGACCAAGGGAUCGGGCUGGUCCUGGAGGAGCUGCGGCACGCCGGCUUCCACAACAGCACGCUGGUCAUCUACACCUCCGACAACGGCAUCCCCUUCCCCAGCGGCAGGACCAACCUCUACCGCUCGGGCACUGCCGAGCCCCUGCUGGUCUCGUCCCCCGAGCACACGGCACGCUGGGGACAGGUCAGCCAGGCCUUCGCCAGCCUCCUGGAUCUGACGCCGACCAUUUUGGACUGGUUUUCCAUCCCCUACCCAUCUUACAGCAUCUUUGGCACGAAGCCGGUGCAGCUCACCGGCAAGUCCCUCCUGCCAGCGCUGGAGUCGGAGCAGCCCUGGGCCACCGCCUUCAGCAGCCAGAGCCACCACGAGGUGACCAUGUACUACCCCAUGCGAGCCGUCCAGCACCAGCAGUUCCGCCUCAUUCACAACCUCAACUACAAGAUGCCCUUUCCCAUCGACCAGGACUUCUACGUCUCGCCCACUUUCCAAGACCUGCUCAACCGCACCAGGGCCGGGCAGCCAACCCACUGGAACAAGAGCCUGCACCAGUACUACUACAGGGACCGCUGGGAGCUCUUUGACUGCAGCCGCGACCCCACCGAGAGCCGGAACCUGGCUGCCGACCCCCGCUAUGGCACCGUCUUCCAGCUGCUCCGCGCACAGCUCCUGAAGUGGCAAUGGGACACAGGGGACCCCUGGGUGUGUGCCCCCGAUGCUGUCCUGGAGGACAAACUCAGCCCCCAGUGCCGGCCACUGCACAAUGAGCUGUGAGCAUCAUCACCUCUGCCCGCUGUCACCCUGCGCCGCGGGACAGCCACACGCUGCCAGCCGCUCUCCCUGGGCGACCCCAUCGCUCACACCACCUGGCCCUGGCGCAUUCAGGAUCCUCGUGCCUUUGUCCUCGGCCAGCGGAGCCGCAGGGCCACGCUGCUCCUCAAUAAAGCCUCUGGAGGAGAGGUCUCCGUUUUCACACGGAGCUCAGCAUGUCCCCGCCAGCCCCUGGCGCCGCGGGCCCCGCGCAGCCCUGCCCGCUCGGGGGGCUGCCCACCCCGGGGGAACGGGCCAGUGGUACCAGCGAGCAGGCGGCAGGGGUACGGUGUGAUUUACCAAACGUACAAAGUGCCCAGAGUCCCUGAGGUGCUCCCAGCACACAGCAACUUUAUUAAUAGCUCUGCUCCCUUGCCCCCUGUGCAGAUCCCCCUCCCCAAAAUCACCGCCAGCAGACUCCCCGCAGCCCCCUGUCAGGUUACCAGUUCCUCACGUUAAUGGGUUUGCUGUCUCACAAGGCACUUGGGUCUUUCUUUCCUCAUUUUGAAGGAGAUGAGGGUUUCCCUGUCCCAGGGGCUGUUCGAGCCCCCCCGAUUAAAGUCCAGUGCACACA